AUGGAAAUUGCAGAUGGUUAUUCUAAUAAUAAGUUCGUUUUCCGUUGCCUCGCCGAUACCGGAUCCGAAAGGACGUUGAUAUCGGAAGACUUGUUAUUGAAACACGAAUUCGUCAUAAAUCCCGCUGCCGAUCCACACCUCGUGGCAGCCAAUAACCAUCCCCUGAAGUGCAAUGGUCGAGCCCACGUAACAUUGGCGUCCAAAGGAAGAAAGACGAUCGAAACGGCCGCUAUCGUCUGCAGCGACCUAAAGCAAGAGGUAAUCCUGGGACGACCAAUAUUGCGACGGCUGCACAUUAUACCCAAAGGAUUCCCGAACAUUAUCGCGAAAGUAAUGACGUUCGAGGAAGAGCUGAAACGGGAAUUCCCUGAAACGCUGUCCGACAAACUACCCGAAAUCGCCAUGAAAGGGGAGGCAAUGAAGAUCCAUCUAUGCCCAGAUGCAGAUAUUAUCCCGACCAGAAGACUGACGGCCCGUCAAGUACCGCUUGCGAGACAAGAGGCAGCGGAGGAAGUCGUGGAAAAGUUAUUGCGAGAUAAGAUCAUUCAAAGAGUCGACUGGCCCACGGACUGGAUCAGCCCUGGAUUUUUUGUCCCAAAAGCAGACGGAAAGAGCGUACG